GCGAGAGCAGCAUGCGGCCUCGAGCAGCGCGGCAGAAGCAGGUGCUCCUUGCGGCGUUCCUAUGGCGGGCAGCUGGGAAGGCCACCGUGCUGUCCAACAACGGACUCCACGAAUACAUGACGGAAGCCACUGCACACUGCUACAAGCAGCUUCUUGCAGAUCCAAUGUGCUGCAAGGACCAGCGGGUAGCCCCGGCGGUAAGGCAGAAGGACAUCGUCCGAAGCGGAGCGGCCUGGACCUGUGGCGGCAUCGGCACCCCAAACGAGUGCAUCGAUGAAGGCAAGGGCGAGAGGGGCAGUGAUGCCUUCUGGUGGCCACAGGAUGCAGACUGCAGCACGCCUCGCAUCCUUUACGUGCACGGAGGCGGCUGGCAGCGGCACGGCCCCAGAGAGGCAUCCUACGAUGUCUUUGGCGCCUACCUUGCUCAGGUGUCUGGUUCCACCGUCCUGGUGCCCGACUAUCCCCUGGUACCAGUUGGAAACUAUGAAGCCAUUCUAGGGUACCUGGUGGCCGCAUGGGGCUGGCUCUCCCAACAUGGACCGGACGGUGAGGAUUGCAGCCGAGCCCCCGUGCCACCAAUGUUCGUGGCAGGGGACUCCUCUGGUGCAGCCUCUGCGCUGUCCUUGCUUCUCAUGUUCCUAGAUCGUGGAGACCUGCCCACCCCGGCCGGCUUCCUGGGCUUUAGCCCUUGGAUCAACCUAGCCUGCGACUCCCCGAC